CCAGUCACAAGUCACAACACAUGGCUCGAUCUCUCCGUCCGAUGCAUCUCGUCGUCCUGGUGAUCCUUUCCACUAUGCCCCUGCCUUCUUCGUGGGGUGCCAUGUCCGACAACCAUGACCUGCUGAUGCUCGGCAGGUUCCACAGGUGGAUGUCGACGCACAACCGCACCUACCCCGGCGCCCACGAGGAGCUGCGCCGGUUUGACGUGUACCGCCGCAACAUGGAGUACAUCGACGCUGCAAACGCGGGCGGUGAGCUCGGCUACGAGCUCGGGGAGAACGAGUUCACCGACCUCACCCACGAGGAGUUCACGGCACGGUACACUGGAGGUAAAUUUGUCAUGAACGACGAUGAUUUUGUUGAUGAGACGAUCAUCACCACUCUUGCCGGGGAUGUCCACGAGGGGCGCGAAACGAUGGAGGACGAGGAUAGCCUGGGACUUCCUGAAAGGUGGGAUUGGAACGAGCAGGGCUUUGUUACACCGGCUAAAAACCAACAGAAAUGCGGAGCAUGUUGGGCAUUCGCCACAGUGGGAGCAGUUGAAAGCCAGCUGAAAAGGAAAACCGGGGAGCUACUGGAUCUAUCUGAGCAGGAGCUACUAGACUGUGACACGACACAGAAACCCGGCGGCUGCAAGGGUGGGAAUCCCUACAGGGCGUUUCUGUGGAUAAAGAGCAAGGGAGGCAUCAUGAAGGAGGCCGAGUACUCAUAUGAGGCACAACAGGGGCAGUGCAGGACCAACAAGGACGCCACCCGUAGGGGCCUGGUCUACCGGGCACAACUACUGAGGUCAGGGGAGAGGUUUCUGCAGGAGGCCGUAUAUACGAUGGGCCCGACGGUCGCCGGCAUCGACACGCACGACCGCAGCCUGCAGCACUUCAAGAGCGGCAUAUACAAAGGGCCAUGCGGCACUGCGCUGGACCACGCGGUGCUCGUGGUGGGAUACGGGGUCAGAGACGGGGAGAAGUACUGGGUCGUCAAGAACUCGUGGGGGCAGACGUUUGGCGAGAAUGGCUUCUUCCUCAUGAGCAGGGGAGCUAAUGGAAACGCCGGGCUGUGCGGCAUCGGGAAGGCGGGCGUCUACGCCCUCGUGUAGUACAGCAUGCAGCAUCAGGCUGGCAUGCAUGAUGGGUGCAUGAGACGGUCGUCUUCUACAUCAACUCGUGGUAUGCGUUGUGAUGAUAUAAUAUACUCCUACUACGUACAUGGCUUGUGGGUGUUGCCAAAUAAGAUGCAGUGUCCAGAUAAGAUGCACUGCUGCAUGAAGAAUGACACAACGAAGAGCUCAUCGACCUGGUGCAGCAGCCAGCGGGGUUUGUUGUGUGACGUGAUUUCGAUUCGUGUUUGUAGUAGUAACUACUAUACCCUCAUAUAUACAAUGAAUGAGUCAUGAGGCGUAGUGUGUAAUAACUAAUAAAUAAAUCAAUGUUUUAUUUCA